UAUAUAUACACACACACACACAAAAAGGGAAAGACUAUAAGGACUCUUUCCAAACUUAGGGUUUACUUGUGUCGGAAAGUAAAGCUAUAACUUACCAAACUUCGGUUACCUAUCGGGUUCUCGCUUUAGCUGAUCUUCAGCGAUUUUCUGGCAAUAUCUCCGAUCAGGUGGUGCGACUCAAGAAAAUCGACUAUUUGGCAUCAAAUUAGGCGUUCGUUUGAUUGCUUUUGUGUGUUUCUCUGUGCGGUUGUUGAAUGAUAGCGGGAUGUUUUAUUAACUAGGAGUUUGAUUUGCUUUAUCAGUCGAUACAUUGGGAAUGCUGAAUUGGUAAUCAGCUAUUCUUAGCUCAGUAUCAAUUGAUGGGGUUUAGAAGCUUACAUGGAGAGAGCCUGUGUAAAUUUGGGAGACUACAGGUCUUCGGUUGUAUCUUCCCCCUUAAUAUGAUUGUUGGAGGGUAUUAUGUUUGCUGGAUACAUUCUGAGGGCGGUUUGUGAUCUUUGUAGGUUGUGCUAUAUUGGGGCUUUUUCUGAAGGAAUCCUAUUUGACCAUCCAUUCUUUAGCAGUAGCUAUGCUACCCACUGGGUUGAAAGAUAACCAACUCCAUGAGAGCAACAGCCAAAAGGUUCACCCCCAGCCCAUGGAAGAGUCUAUGAAUCAAAAUCCUGAAGCUUUGGAAGCCCUGAUAUCUAAAAUAUUUACGAAUAUCUCCUCCUUGAAGUCAUCAUAUAUCCAGCUUCAAUCUGCUCAUACUCCAUAUGAUCCUGAAAAAAUUGAGGACGCUGACAAACUUGUAAUUUCUGAGCUGAAGAAUCUAUCGGAGCUCAAGCACUUUUACAGGGAGAACUACCCCAAACCAGUAUGUGUUUCCCCUCAGGACUCUCGCUUAGCUGCAGAGAUUCAAGAACAACAGAGCCUACUGAAAACGUACGAGGUUAUGGUGAAGAAAUUCCAAUCUGAAAUUCAGAAUAAAGAUACUGAGAUUCUUCAGAUGCAGCAGCAGAUUGAGGAGGCAACUCAAAAGCGAGCGAAACUGGAAAAAAAUCUUAAGCUUAGGGGCUUGUCAACCAAAGAAUCAGAAGGUUCUGGAGAUGAGAAUGGAUUUUGUCCUGUAGAUCUAACACCUGAGCUCUUCACAUCUGCAGUAGAAGCGGCUUUCAAAGCCAUUCAUGAUUUUUCUAAACCUUUGAUCAACAUGAUGAAAGCAGCUGGGUGGGACCUUGAUGCUGCUGCUAACUCCAUUGAACCUGAUGUUGUUUAUGCAAAGAGAGCUCACAAAAAGUAUGCAUUUGAAUCUCAUAUAUGUCAAAGAAUGUUCAGUGGGUUUCAGCAGGAAAGCUACUCCAUAAAAUCAGAAAAUGUGACAUUCACCAAAGAGAGUUUCUUUCACGAAUUUCUUGCACUAAGGGAGAUGGAUCCCUUAGACGUCCUAGGCCAGAACCCAGAUUCCAUUUUUGGUCAAUUUUGCAGGAGCAAAUACCUGGUGGUGGUUCAUCCAAAGAUGGAAGCUUCAUUCUUUGGAAAUUUGGAUCAGCGAAAUUAUGUAAUGGGGGGUGGGCAUCCAAGAACUCCCUUUUACCAAGCUUUCUUAAAAUUGGCCAAGUCAAUCUGGCUUCUGCACAGGCUGGCAUAUUCUUUUGAUCCUGAUGUUAAAGUCUUUCAGGUUAAGAGGGGUAGUGAGUUCUCGGAGAUUUACAUGGAAAGUGUCGUGAAAAAUCUGAUAUUGGAUGAAAACCAGAGGCCUACCGUUGGGCUAAUGGUUAUGCCUGGUUUUGGGAUAAGAGGCAGUGUGAUUCAGAGCCGUGUAUAUCUCGCAGGUGUGAAGGUUGCUGAAUAACUUUGAGCUAAUUAUGUGGUGUGUUUCAAUAUAAUUUACUACUACCUUCGCUUAUAGUGUGUUGUAAUCUUUGUAAUGAUUGUAUUAUUGACGUUGUAUGAGGUGGAAUUAGCUUCCGAAUCUGUAAAAAGUCUCUCUCAAUCGCGUGACGAUCUAGCGGUUCAAAAGCAGGGUCAAUUAUGGCAAUAUGGCAUGCAUAAAUGGAUUCAGAACAAUUUUUAGUAA